AUGACGGUCAAGGCACUCAAGGCUCUGUCAACAGGCCGGAAUGGCCUCGGUGCCUUCAUCCUCCAAUGCAAAAAGAUGGACUUCCACUUCUGCGACUGGGCCGGGAGUUCCAGGGGAAUGAACGGUUUCAUCAAGUCGCAGCUCGCCAAGUUCGCCGCAGCCCAUCCUCAGAUCGAGGUGACCGUUUCUCCUCGUCCCUCGAGACAUCCCAUCAUUGUCGGUCACUAUGUCAAUGGUCAAUCGAGGUCGCUGUGCGUCAAGAAUAUGCAGCCCCUUGAGAUCCUGAAGAUGGCCGAGUCCCUCCGCGAUACCAACGGCGAGAAGCUGAAGAGGAUCAACAAACCCGUGUCGAGCAUCAACCCUAGUGUGAGAGGUGUCUGGAGUCCAUAUCACGGAAAUGGUAUGGCUGUAUAA